UAAAGGUGUAUGAUUAAAAUCGAUUUUUAAUCGAUUUUUUGAUUAUUAAAAUUGAUUUUUUUACAUAUUUUUUUUACAUGGGUAGAAGCAACGAAAUUGUAACAAUCAAAAAAAAAACUAAUCUGCUAAAUGUUUAUUUAUUUUUCAGAUUUAAAUAGUAUAUAAAAUUAAGGUUUCAUUCAAUAUAUGUAUAAAUGUUAUAGGUUGUUGCACAAUUUGAUCAAUUGUUUGAUAUGCAAUCUGCUUGUUGUACUUGUCUUGCUGAACUUUCAUAUGAUUAUACAAAUGGACAAACAAUAAUUGAACGAAAUGGUAUUUAUAUUUUAGCAAUGCUUCUCUUUCCUGAAAAUGAAGAUUUUCUUCGAUUAGAAAGAUUCAAUCAUUUACAACGUACUGUUUUUAAAACAUUAAGAUUUUUAUUUUCAUUAAAUAAAAAACAUGAUCAAUAUCAAUAUAAACGAUUAUUUCCAGUACAAAUAUUUGAAUUAUUUGUUGGUAUUGGCAAUUUUCGAAGUGAUCCUAAUGCAUAUAAAGAAAUAACUAAUGCUUGGAAUUCAAUUCAUAUUGAUGAAUUAAUAAAAAUAAAAGUUGAACGUCUUCAAUCCAUUAAUCCUAAACAAGAGCCAACACGAUUUAUUCGAGAUUAUGGAGUUUAUGAAUGUCUUGGGUCAGGCGCAUUUGGAUCUGUUUAUCGAGUAGCUCAACGAGGUUCAACGACAAUGUAUGCACUCAAAGAGAUCGAUAAUCGUUCAUUAGGAAUCGAUACAGAUCGAAGUUUAGGUAAAAUGAUAAAUGAAGUGAAUAUAAUUCGUGAAGAACUUCGUCAUCCAAAUAUUGUUAGUUAUUAUCAAAUAUUUGCUGAAAAUGAUAAAUUAUAUAUCAAAAUGGAAUUAAUUGCUGGUUCAUCAUUACAAGAUCAUUUAUCAUUAAUUAAAGAUACAAAUCAAAAAAUGUCUGAAGAUAAUAUAUGGCGAGUUUUGAUUCAACUUAUACUUGCAUUAAGAUAUUUACAUAAAGAAAAAGGAAUUGUUCAUCGAGAUUUAACAGCCAAUAAUAUUAUGUUAGAUGAUGAAUAUAGAGUUAAAAUUAGUAAGUAUUAUAUAUCUAUCUUAGAUAAUAAAGUUUAUCUAGAAAAUUUGAAUAGAAGUUGA